ACAGUGUUUUAUUAUUGUCAUCAUUAACAUUUUCAUUAUUAUCAUUAUUAUUAUUUGUUAUCCGGUAAAAACACGUGACUCUGCGGUCCUUCGGGUCUGACGUCAGCCGCCGCUCCGCUCCGUCUGGAUCCAUCAUGGAGUGAGGAGGAGGACAUGGGGCUCGUCCGGGGCCAUCCUCACCGACACCAGCGCACCGCCAUCGGUCACCACAUUCCAGCAGGGUCCGAAAGACGAGGAGGAGAAGAAGGAGGAGGAGGAGGAAGAAGAGGCGGAGGCUUGGAUGCGCUCGGGUAGCCGAAUGAGAGUAAAUCCCGGGGAGGAAAUAUGAGGACACCGGACCGCGCUGCGGCGGCGGGAGUUUGUUCUUACCGGAGGUGAAACGAAAAAACAUGAGCGAGGACACGAGACCAGACGAUGACAGCUACAUUGUGCGCGUCAAAGCGGUGGUGAUGACGAGAGAUGAGUCAAGUGGCGGCUGGUUGGCGCAAGACGGCUGCCUGAGUCGAGUGGGCGUCUGUAGGUUGCUGCCGCCACAACUCCUGGGACGCAACACAUUCCUUAUCCACGGGGAGCGUCUCAAAGACAAGCAGGUGAUCCUGGAGUGCUUCCUGAAAAAGGACCUCGUCUACACAAAGGCCACGCCCACAUUCCACCACUGGAAGGUGGACAACAGGAAGUGUGGUCUGACCUUUCAGAGCCCAUCAGACGCCCGAGCCUUUGACCGCGGGGUGAGGAAGGCCCUGGAGGAUCUGACAGAAGGGUCAACAACGUCCUCAUCAACGCUGCAGAAUGAAGCGGAGCUCGGAGAUGACGACGUCUUCACGACUGCCACCGACAGCUCGUCCAACUCAUCCCAGAGGAGAGAGCCGGCGAUGCAUGCAGUGGCACCACCCAGCUUCUGUGAGGCCCGACGGCACCACUGCAUCCUGGGACAUUUCUACGAGCAGCAUCGCCCCCCUGAUCACUACUUCCUGGACCAGGUUGUGCACAUGUUUCCCCAUCACGUCAGCUUCCAGGUGGAAGAGGAGGAGAUCGUACGCAUUAAUCCCCGCGAGCGAACCUGGCUCACCGGCUACGAGGACUACCGUCACACAAACUCAACCCGAGACAAACUUGCCCAGCCUCGUAACCCGGAAACCUACGUGCAUUUCACGAAGAGCAACGUGCCCAAACAUGACUACUCCUAUCCCUACCCACUGACCUGCAAUGUGCAGCAAGGCUGCAACAGUAAACCCGGCUGUCUGGAGGUGGGCGGCAGCCGCAGGGCGGUGGUGACGGUGCAACCGCGAGCCCAGCAGCCCAAAGGCGAGCGGCGGAAGGUGGAUGGAGAGCGUCUGCGUUGUGUGUACUGUCAGGACAUGUUCGACCAUGAGGACAACGUUCGGGGGCGAUGCCACGAAGCUCCCGACCCCAUCCAGACCUGCAUCCGGCGGGUCAGUUUCAUGUGGUGCGCAGACAGCCUGCUGUACCAUUGCAUGUCGGACCCAGAGGGGGAUUACUCCGACCCGUGCUCCUGCGACACCGGCGACGAGCGCUUCUGCCUGCGUUGGACGGCGCUGGUGGGUCUGUCACUGCUGGCACCCUGCAUGUGCUGCUACGCCCCCCUCAGGGCCUGCUACCGCUGUGGCGUUGCCUGCCACUGCUGCGGUGGGAAACACAAAGCAGUGGGUUGACACCACAGUCUGUAGAAAAAAUGGUCUCUACUUCCUCCCAUUGUUCAUCAUUGACGUUGGGGAUACAGGCGGCGCUCACGGCCCUAGGAGGUUGCUUCAGGAGCAGUUGUAAAUUGCAACCGUCAAUCAUCAUGAUGUCACAUUCUGUUUUUAUAACGUCAGAUACCUAAAACAAAACUUGUCACAAACAUUGACCCUUGAACAUGCAUCAAUAUUAUAUUAACUACCUGAAAUAACAGAAACCAUCCUUGAAAAAAAAAAUUUGACGUGUAUUUUAGUGUUUUUGUCUCAUCCACCUAGCCACCAGUUGUGUGCCACAUGUGUUGGGUUCACUAUAGAGGAGCUGUCAUGGCGUCACUUUUUUUUUUU